GGGGGAUCCGAGCGAUGCCAAGGUUCCAUGGCAGGAGUAGCAGUUGGUAGCGGUUGGGCUUUGAGAGGUGUCUCUACACGGGUACGAGAUCGUGAGGAGCGCCUUCCUCCCCCGUCAACACUGGACAACCACUGCCCAGGCACACUGUGUUGCAUUUCAGGUUCGCUUGCCCUCCGCUGCUUACAUUGUCAUAAUUGCGACCUUUCACUCUUCUCGCACACUGACGACUUCAAAUUGUGCAUCCUUAGCGAUUCCAUUCAUCAUGACGCUGUUCCCUGGUGUGGCGCUGGUCACCGGCGCAGCCUCCGGCAUUGGGAAGCAAGUGGCCAUCUCCUUCGCCGCCGAGGGCUGUCGUAAGGUGGCCCUCUUGGACCGCGACGUGCCCGCCCUCGAGGACACCAAGGCGCGGGCCGAGGCCGCGGCGCCCGAGGGUGUGGAGAUUCUCUCGCUGGCGGUGGAUGUGCUCGAUGAGGGGGACAUUGAAGCCGCAUUUGACCAGGUGAUUGGCAAGUUUGGCCGCGUCGACUAUGCCGUCAACUGUGCCGGCAUCUACCGCACCGAUAAGGUGUCACACGAGCUCUCGCCCGCCGAGUUCGACAACAUCAUGGGCAUCAACACGCGCGGGCUGUGGCUCUGCUCCCGCCAGGCGCUCAAACACAUGGUUUCGCAGGAGCCUCUGCCGACGCAUGACGGGCGACCCGGGAACAGGGGCUCGGUGGUCAACAUUAGCAGCAACCUGGGCAUCGUCAGCAAGGAAGGCUCGCCUGCGUACAAUGCCUCCAAGACGGCGAUUGUGAGCCUCACGAGGUCGGAUGCUAUCGAUUACGCUCCGCACAAUAUCCGAGUCAACUGCGUCUGUCCCGGCAUCAUCGACACUCCGUUGACGGCCGACAUCCCGGAGGACUCCCCCGGCGUCCUCACAGCGCCCAUGAAGAGGAAAGGCACGCCCCAGGAAGUUGCCGAUGCGGUGCUCUUCCUGUCCAACCCCAAGGCGUCCUUCAUCCUCGGCGCGAACUUGUUGGUGGACGGCGGCUACGUGAUUCACUAGCAGUAUAGAAGUAGUUCGACUUGUAUUUAGGUAGCCUAGGUACCGGGGUAUCAAGUAUAAUCACACGCUGUCCAUAUCCCCACGUCGACGCUUCAUAUCGCGUCACAAUAAAACAAGGUUUUCGAGCCGCCUCAAGAUGCUCCAGGG